AUGGCACACAGGCACUCUACCGUCGCAGAGGCCUACACGAUACUUGGCCUUGAACAGGACGCGUCGCUCGAAGUCGUGAAGACGACAUACAAGCAGCUCGCACUCAAGACGCAUCCAGACAAGAAUCCUGAUGAUGCGGACGCGACUGCCCAGUUUCAAAAGAUUAGCCAGGCAUACAACACUCUCGUGAGGCACCUUGAUCGCUCGUCCGCACCAUCCCAUGGCCACUCGCACGGGCACUACCAUCCGUUCGGCUACGACGACGACGACGAUUAUGACGAUGAGUACGACUACGACUACGAGGAUGAGGACUACGAUGACUACGAGGAUGAUUAUGAAGAUAUGGAGUUCUACAGGUAUCUGUUCGAGGAGUUGUUGAGGGGACGCGCAAGUCGUUUUGCCCAUGCGCAAUAUCACCGUCAUCACCCCCAUAAUCAUCGCCCCCCAAGCCCUCCAGAGACUCCCGAACAGUAUUCUGCGCGCCUGCGUAAGCAGGUCGAGGAGCAGGAGAAGGCGGCAGAACGUCGUGCUCGUGACGAAGCCGGCCGCAAGGCCGAGCAAGAACGGGAACGCGAGCAGGAACGCCGUGAGGCGGAGAAACGACAGCGUCAGAAGGCGUCAGCUAAGAAGGCAUCUGCCGAGGCCUCACGCAAGACCGCAGAGGAAAAGGCAAGGGCUCAACAAGAGCAACUGCAGACGAUCCGUUCACAGAUCUUCGCUGCCGCGCGGAAAAACGAUGCUGCAGCUGUCAAGAAAGGGGUCUGGGAGCAGAACGUGGACGCCGCCGGGGGCGAGAUCCGUAAGGGCUCCGAAGCUUUCGUGAAGACUCAGCCCGCGGAUCCGAAGGAGACCCUGCUGCAUAUUGCGGCGAAGAACGGCGACGUUGACCUCGUAGAAUGGCUGGAUUCACAUAGUGCGGAGCCCGAAGAACGUAACGGCGAAGGCAUGACGGCAUUUCAUAUUGCCUUGCAGGGUGGUAAUGCCAAGAUAGUCAAUCACUUCUUUGAGAACUACUCGCCUAAGGACGGAGAUCAUGAAGGCAUCUACCACUCUCCCGAGUCCAAGUCAAACCUCCAUCUAGCCCUUGACAGCAAGGAGCCAGAGGUCGUGUGGCUCGUGCUCGAGAAGAAGCUCUAUACCAAGGAAGAGAGGGAUGCCGCUUGGGACAUAGUCCAGAGCAAGAAGUUCAAGUCGAGCAUCUCACCCACUGAUAAGCACGUCGAGUUUGUCAACCUCUUCGCCACUUACGGUGGCUACUCCCUGGACAAGCCUGUGCCUGCUCCAGAGUGCUCCUCCGUCACCGAACCUGUUUCUUCUUCGCCGCAGUCUCCCCGUGUCAACAGCGGCGGAUUCCGUCGACAGAAUGGACGGCCGCCCCGCCCUAUCGUUCGAGUGGAUGACUCCCGUUCGCAUACCGCCUCGCCCGUCUCCGCCGUCUCCGAACAUCCUCAAACACCGCAGUCUGCAACGUCCACAAAUAGUCAGCGUGGCUUCCGCGGCCAACAUUAUCACCGUGGCUCCUACCGUCCACAUCAGCAAUUCCAUGGACAUAAAUCUGACCCGGCAUCCCCAAUCGACGCGGGAACUUACCAGCAGGAUGGUGCACCUGGUCAACAAGCUUUCAAUGGCCACCGCGGCCGCGGUCGUGGGCGAGGCCAGCUCCGUGGGCGCGGUCGAGGAAGGGGCCGUGGGGAGCCCUCUGUACAGUCUGCACCUGCCGCCGCUUGA